AUGGCGUCCAACUGGGACAGGUACUCGAGGUUCGGCAUAGACGCUGCGUCGUCCGCCGCCGCGCUCGGCUUUUCUGCUGCCAAAUUCGGGACCAAACUCGGCUUCUCUAUUACUCGGGGCGUUGCGUCGACAGCGGCGAACAUCACAGGCUCUGUCGUCGACUAUGCGCUCUUCGGCGGCGCGACCGGCGCAGGCAAGACGCUCAGCGGCGCCGUCUCGUCCGUCAUCACUCUCAUCGAACAAAUCGCCCUCGCACCCAUCGUCCUGGGCGAGACCAUCACCUCCACCUCCGUCAUCGCCGCGCACUCCUCCAUCAACGUCCUCUCCGCCAUCUUUCCCGGCAGCGACGAGGCGUCCUUCUCCCUCGCCAGCUUCGUCGAGCUCGUCCGCAGGGAGUGGAACGACCCCGUCCUCCGCGAGUGCCUCCCCGAGCGCAGGUACGGCGUCACGGAGAUCGCCAAGGCGCUCGUCGCCUGGGGCGCGCUGCAGGGCGUCACGGAGGAGUGGCAGGAGAAACGCUGGUUCAAGUAUCUACGCGAAAUCGACCCCGACGAAGACGCGCCGUACGAGCGCACAAGGCGGGACUCGCGCGUACAUGUAACAAAGGACGUCAUCUACCCCGGCCACCGCGGGCAGAUCAUCACCGCCGACAUCGUCGACGUCGGCCCCUCCCCUUCCCCCUCAUCCCUACCUUCCACCCCCUCUCGCCACCUCCAAGUCCCCCGCCUCCCCCCGCUCAACCCCGCCGCGCCCCGCCGCCCGUCCAACGCCGAGCUCAAAGCGACGCUGCGCCGCCUCUCGAAGCUCGUCCUCGCCGGCUACGGCGGCGCCAGCCUCCUCUUCUUCGGCGUCUCCCUCGACCCGCCCGACCCUGCUUCCUCCACCAACACGUCCUCCACGGGCUUCACGAGCGCCGCGCAGAAGGCCUCCGAGGAGGCGAAGCUCGCGCGCGCGGUGGACGCCUCCGAGCAGGAGGCGUCGUCCGCUCCGCAGGAUGACCCCGCCUCACCAAAGUCCCCCAGCACGACCUCGUCGUACGCGUGGUGGGACGUCCUCCUCGGCCGGCACGACCACGAGAUCUUCACCAGGUUCGCGGACCACCUCGCCUCGGAGCAGGGCGAGAAGGAGCGCGAGCGCAAGGAGGCGCAGGUGCAGCGCGAGAUGGUCGAGGAGCGCAAGCGCAAGAUCAGCGCCGUCAUCGGGAACGAGCGCUUGAUGCCGCGUUUCUGGAUCCUGCGCGACCACGGGCGGAGGCAGGUCGUGCUUGUUUUGAGAGGCACGAUGUCCCUGAACGAGCUCGCCGUCGACCUCACAUGCGACCCCGAGGAGUUCGAGCCCGCCAGCAGCGCGCGCGACGGCGACAUCGACGAAGAAUCCGACAUCCCGGGCGCCUUCCCCGUCGACGCGCAGAUGCAGAUGCAGAUGCACCCCCUCCUCGCCCAGCACCGCCGCCAGCGCACGGCGUCCACUACCUCGACGCUCGGCGGGCCGCGGAAGUACCAGGUGCACGGGGGCAUGCUGCGGAUGGCGCGGGUCAUGGGCGGGAAGGGCAAGCCGGUGCAUGUCGCGGUGAAGGAUGCGCUGAAGCGCAAUCCCGGGUAUGAGCUGGUGCUGUCAGGACACAGCUUGGGCGCGGGCGUCGCUGCGCUGUUGGGAAUGCUGUGGGCCGAUCCAAGGACAUGUCUAACCGUCCCCUCGAGCGGGCUCCCCGUCGGCCGGCGCGUCUCCGUCUACUGCUUCGCCCCACCCUGCGUCGCCGACGGCCCCCUCUCCGCCCUCUGCGCCUCGCUCAUCACCUCCUUCGUCUACUCGAACGACGUCGUCGCGCGGCUGUCGCUCGGCUCCGUGCGCGACAUCACGCGCGCGGCGGCGUGGCUCUGCGACUCGCGGGACGACGGCUACGCGAGCGUGACGAAGCGCGCGCUGAAGCGCAAGACGGGGUUCGGCGCGGAGGAGGACCAUGAGUGGUUUUUGUCGAUACGCAAGACGCUCGAGGCGAACAUGCACAUGGCGAACAUGUACCCGCCCGGCCGGGUGUGGUGGGCCGUGCGCGACGCGGACCUCCACCCGCGGAACCGCAGGUACACGAACAAGGACAGGAACAGGGCGCGCCUGUUUGAGGUGCUCGACGCGGAGAAGGUGUUUGACCAGAUUAUUUUUGCACGGGAUAUGUUGAGUUCGCAUUUGCCGCAUCAGUAUGAUAGGGUUCUGCAUGACCUCUCGUGAGGGUAGAGUUUGCUAUAGACGGCGUUUCGUUGCAUGCAUUGUACGUUAUAGAAUUGAUAGGUGUACAAUGUACAUGGCCGGUAUGAUCCUAGUCUCGUGCAUUCGGUUUACCCCCGUCGUUCACAAGGGGAAUAACUCAGGAAUG